AUGCCCUCGGGUGGCACUGAGAUUUACUUCUACUCACACAAGAAAGCGUUCUACUGCUACCCCCCGGCUGACCACCUCCACACGGACACACCGCGCAGCUCACCCGGGCUUCGGGUCACUCUGCUUUGGUCUCUGUCUUUGACCUCUGAUGGCCCCUCCAACACUAGCUUAAUUAGCCCUGUUAGCCUGCUGCAGCUAGCACGGAAGCUAACGGCCAAACGAGCGCUGCUGAACCAUGUCCAGAAACCUGGGCUAACAGAGCUAAAGCAAGGACUGCAAACACCCAUCGGACCGGUCCUGCUUCAACGACCUACUCCCCAGCUCCAACCCUCGGCUCCAGAUCGGCCUGAGCACCGUAGGAGUCGUCGGUGCGAUGACAAAGAUCUCACCUGGUUCACAACACAACAGGAAGUGGAACGAUGGGUUCUGAAAGUCCAGACGAGCGUGGGCCGACUCUGGUCCUGGAUCAGGACGACUUGA